CUCGCGCGUGACACUGUGGCGGAUAUUUACCGCCCCUCCCCAAGGCCACGUGGAAAAGCGGCGCCACCAAGGAAAUAAAAGAGAAACCUCCGUCGGCCGGCCGAGGCAUUCGAGAUCUUUUCUGUUUUCUCAUCUCUCUCUCUCUCUCGCUCUGGCUGGUCGUGCGGUGCUGGGAAGGAGACGACGAUGGAGGAGGAGGAGGGGCGGGCCGGCCUGCGGGAGCUCGCGCGCUUCCCGGACGUGAUGGUGGUGUGCUCUUCGGCCGGAUGGACGGACCAGAAGCACAUGCUCUACCUAGGCUUGUUGCAGGAGUCGUUCGUGAACCGGUUACACGACGGUGAAAUCAGCUUCAGGGGCCUCUUCGAUCUCUCCCCAGGACCAGGAGCUUCAGGGCCCAAGCAACCGUCCAAGGUUGACAGAGCAAAGGUUGAGCCGGCCAGAACGCCUUGCUGUGGAAAUCAGGGAGAUGGGGAAGUCCAUUCCAUGGAUGAUGAUGAUGAUGAUGAUGCAUCGUCCACUGAGACCGUGCAAGAGUCCUGCUCCCAAGCAAGCGCGACGAGCUCUGGACCAUCUUCCCCGUGCCAUUCUGCCAAGCGCGGGCGCUCCCCUUCUAGCACUGCAGAGGGGUCGGAUCAGAACUUCAUCGACGAGGAUACGAUCACGAGAGAAACUGGCGAAUCAAGAGGACGACGGCGCAGCAUCAAGCGACUCAAAGUCUGCUGACAUGAUCAAGCAGUUCACAUCCAGGAAUGCACGAGAGAAGGGUACUGAUGUAAUGUGAUCACGGUCGUCUUUGUGCAAGGUCAUGGAGCAAAAGGAAAAUUCACACACUGUUUGUUUAGGUUGUUCUUUUUGGUCAAUCGAAUCGACUGGUGUUGCCUACUCACCCGGUGAAAUCACCUAGAGUUCUAGAAUAGAGAUCGAGACUCGAGUAACACGUAUGAAGCCCAAGCUUGUUGUUAAGUUUAGUAGAUUUGUGUAGUGCAAGUUUGAACAAAGAUAGUUUUACAGACAAUAGCUUUUUCGACACCGAAUUUUGUUGAGACUUUGAUGGAACACACGUGAACAGAGAUAUAGAUAGACAUGAGACGUAAGGUGCGGCUCUUUCUCUA